UUGCGAUGGCUUGGAAGAUGCAAAGCUUCAGGGCUACAGCGUCAUCAUCCCACCAUCAUUAUCAUCACCAUCAUCACGAUACCAUUCCUUCUACUGUUUUCCAUACCUCUGAAAUGUACUGCAACUCCCCUGUUCCGCCACCACCUCCUUACUUUUUCCGAGGAGGAGGAGGAGAAGAAGAAGAUGAAGACUGUAGAAGCCAAACCCGGUUUGGUGACCUUGGGGAGCUUGAUCAUCCCCAACCAACAACAACCCACUCUCUCCCCCACCUCCUUCUGCUUUCCAACACCACCAUGCUGUUGAUUUAAGCCCAAGCUCCAUGUUCAGUUCAAAAUCAGGAAACAAUGUCGCCCUCGCCCAUGGAAGCAACAGCAGUUUACAUUUCGCUUCGCCAUUGAUUACGACUGGGAUCGGAGAGGUAGCAGCGGCAGGGUGUUUGGACACAGGGCAAUACCUGUACGGGAGAGCGACAUUGUUGGGGAACGAGCAGCAGAAUAACAACAACAAUAGCAACAACAGUAGUAGUUGUGGUGGUAAUCUCGAGAAGUGGGGGGAUUCAAUUUCAACCUCGACUGGGAUGGGUGCAGGAGGAGGAGGAGAUACGAGCCAGCAGACUACUGACACUUCCACAGAUGUCGAUACUGAUGAAAGAAACCAAUUUCACCACCAAGUCAGUUCUUGGGUUUCUUAGGAAUUUGUCUCUUUCUCUGCACAUAUGCUCUGUUUUCCCCAUUGGUUAAAGCUUGGGGAGAGGAGAAGUGAGAAUCUUUCUGCUCCGAAUCUGUGGUGGUGGUUGUGGGUCUGUUUCGGAAUUGAGGAAUCAGCUGCCUUCCCCCCUAAUUCCCCCCUACUGCUCUCACUGUACAAUGUGCUCUG